CAUUACUCCAACUCUUCAGAUAAAAAGAAUUUAGUCUUAAAACUAAAAGGAUGGCAAGUGCAAUCUUUCUGCUGAGUUUGCUGAUUUUUGGAUGUUCCCAAGCUGAAAUCAAUUGCACAACUCGCAGAUGUCUGGCUCAAAUGUUAAUUAGAAAACAAUAUUUAUCUUCACCUCAAUCUGAGAACUGCACCUUACUUGUUGACGUUCCAUUAAUUGAGUACGAAACGCUGUCAGUCGACAUGAAGGAACUACAUCUAAUGAGUCGUCUGCAGCUUACAAUUGCCUGGGUGGAUCCAGAGCUGGCGUGGAACACGUCAGUGUAUCCAUUUGAAAAACUCAUUUUGCCAGUAAAUAAAGUGUGGACCCCAUAUAUAUCUAUAGAAAAUGGACAAAGCACCAUGGAGCAUGAUUCGCCUGAUCUCGUGGUGUACAGUAAUGGUACUGUAGGGCACACGGUGGUCAUAAUUGCAGUAGUGAAUUGUGGAAUCAAUCUGUUCAACUAUCCUUUUGCUUUUGAUGUGUGCCCCGUUGGACUUAAAUCCACCCCACCAGAUGAAUGUGGGAUAAGCAUAAAAGUUGAUCAAGUGAGGUUGGCAGACAGUUCCCGUGGAGACUGGGAAACGGAAGAAGUGAAGCUGGGGAAAAAGCGAGCGGAUCGCAAUUUUAUUGAUGUGUCUCUAAGGAUCAGAUAUUCCAACCCAUUCAUCACAUUACUUCUGCCAACUAUCUUGAUCAUGGUGGCUGAUAUAGUCAGCAAUGCUAUGCCACUGCAAGGUGGUGAGCGCAACUCCUUCAAGGUUACGUUGGUGCUCAGCUUCACCAUGUUCCUGAGCAUUCUCACCAACGUGCUUCCUGGAGACAGCAAGUGCAGCCCAGUCAUCCGAAUCCAUUUCUGUAUUUGCCAAGUCCUGAUGGUGAUAAGCAUGUUGGUAUCCAUAUUGUUGACAAGGGUGUCUCAAAACGGGUUGGCUUUUUUCACCUGCUUCGGUAAAAGGCCUGCUCCUCAAAAUGCAGAAGACAACAAAGAAAACGUGGAUGCAGAGACCAAAGGUGUCAUCAGCAUCGUUCAGCAAGGUCUUUCUGAGGACUCUAAAAUGCUGCAGAAGAUGGUCAGAAUCAUGGAGGCUGUUGUCACCAAAGAGAAAGAAAGGGAACGUCAUCAGAAACUUGCAGAUAAACUGGACAAAAUCUUUUUCUGGUUGUAUCUUAUCUGUAGCUCUGGAUAUGUUUUUGCCAUGACUUAUGUUAUGGUACAGUACAAAUGUGACAUUGAUCAUUUUAUUUUUUGGAACAAUGCAACAUAGACGAUAAUAACAAACUGUUUUUAACCUCUUACUUAUUGUGAUAUAGCAUUAUAACCAUAUAAUAGAAGUUCAAACAAAUUCAUAACUUGUCCAAAACAAAAAUAAAUUCACUAACUGGAUUUACCAAAGAAAAUAGUAAAGAAACUACCACAAUAAUUACUGCAAGGAUGAUCAUGUUUUACAUAUUCAAAUGUUAUUUAUCUUUAACAGAAGGGCAUGUUCAUUUGUUUCAGAAGGGUCAACUUUGAUCUCUAACCUUUAUUUUCCAGAAUCAAAAACUACAACUAAAAGCUUGCUUGUCUGGUUAGAAGAAAAUCAUGACAUGGAUAUUGUGAACACAGUGGGCAUUUGCCUUUACACAGAAACAUCAGGGGUCAAAGAUGAAAAAAAAAUUUUUUUUUAAUCAAAAAUGAAUGACAAACUGGCUUUUCGCUGGUGUUUGCCAAAACGUCAAAUUAGUUUUUUGCCAGUAAUUACCUUAAUUAUUUUUGAAUCCAGCUUAGGAUUAGUUAAGAGAUCACUGCAGUUCAUGACUUGUACAAAAUAAAAACUUGAAAAGGUUCAUUUACUAUCUCGCAUAUUUUUGAUGCAACACAGCUAAAAACUUCUUGGAUCAGUGUGAAGGCUUUGUGGAUACAUGGUAAUUAACAGGUGAUUUGUGUUAGAAACUCUGGCGCAUUGUGGUGCAGUUGUAAGUGCCAUCCUAUGGCAGGAAAAUGGUUGUGGGAAGCAAUUCUGACUUGCAUUGUGUCUGCAUGAAGUUUGAAUGGCCUCAUUCAAACAUUACUCAAGGAGUGAAUGUUUUCAUGCAAACUGUUUAUUAUGUGAUGCUCUUUGAUGAACCGGUGAACUUGUGAAGGAUGUACUAUGCCUCUUGCUGACAAUCACUGCUGAUAGGCCCGAGGGCCCAUGUGAUCCAUCAUCUAUCUUCUAUGUGUGUGUAUAUAGUUGAGGAAUAGAUGCAUCAAUAAUUGAGAUGUAACUAUAUACUUCUUGCGAUAUUUCUUUAUUUUAUCUGUUAAA